CACAGAUUGCAUAAAAAGCUGGAGGUUGCUGGGGACAGGGGAAGGGGGUGCGACCAGGCCCAGAUCUGGAGUUUCAGCUUGAACACUGAGCCAACCAGACAUGCAGCACAAGCCUGGGUUGGCCAUCCGGCCUCCAGCCCCAGCCUCCCUCCUGCCUUCCAUCGCCUUGGGGAACAGUCUCAAGCCCCGACUCUGCCUGGUACCCGUGGUUCUGGGCCUCUUGUUUGGAGGUGUAGGCGCGACGCCAUUGCCUGUGGCUGGGCCCCAAGGCCUCUGCUCUCUGGAGGGUGUAGAGAUCAAAGGUGGCUCCUUCCGGCUUUUCAAGGAGGGCCAGGCACUGGAGUACGUGUGUCCCUCUGGCUUCUACCCAUACCCUGUGCAAGCUCGCACCUGCAGAGCCACAGGGUCCUGGAGCUCCCUGCAGACCCAAGACCAAAAGAUGGUCAAGAAGGCAGAAUGCAGAGCAAUUCGCUGCCCAAGACCACAGGAUUUUGAGAAUGGGGAGUACUGGCCCCGGGCUCCCUACUACAAUCUGAGUGAUGAGAUCACUUUCCACUGUUAUGAUGGUUAUACUCUCCGGGGCUCUGCCAAUCGUACCUGUCAAGAGAAUGGUCGCUGGGAUGGGCAAACGGCCGUUUGUGAUGAUGGAGCGGGGUACUGCCCCAACCCAGGCAUCCCCAUUGGCACAAGGAAGGUGGGCAACCAGUACCGCCUUGAAGACCGUGUCACCUACUACUGUAGCCGAGGCCUCACCCUGCGUGGCUCCCAGCAGCGAACAUGCCAAGAAGGUGGCUCUUGGAGUGGAACGGAGCCUUCCUGCCAAGACUCCUUUAUGUACGACACUCCCGGAGAGGUGGCAGAAGCCUUCCUGUCUUCCCUGACAGAGACCAUAGAAGGAGUUGAUGCUGAGGAUGGGCACAGCCCAGGGGAACAACAGAAGAGGAAGAUUGUCCUGGACCCCUCGGGCUCCAUGAACAUCUACAUGGUGCUGGAUGGAUCAGACAGCAUUGGGGCCCGCAACUUCACGGGGGCCAAGAAUUGUCUCAGAGACUUCAUUGAGAAGGUGGCAAGUUAUGGGGUGAAGCCAAAAUAUGGUCUAGUGACAUAUGCCACAGUCCCCAAUGUUUUGAUCAGAGUAUCUGAACAAAAGAGCAGCGAUGCAGACUGGGUCACAGAGAAACUCAACCAAAUUAGCUAUGAAGAUCACAAGUUGAAGACAGGGACCAAUACCAAGAAGGCCCUCCAGGCAGUGUACAGCAUGAUGAGCUGGGCAGGGGACAGCCCCCCUGAAGGCUGGAAUCGUACCCGCCAUGUCAUCAUCCUCAUGACUGAUGGCUUGCACAACAUGGGCGGGGACCCAGUCUCUGUAAUUCAUGAGAUCCGGGACUUGCUGGACAUCGGGAGGGAUCGCAAAAAUCCAAGGGAGGAUUAUCUGGACGUCUAUGUGUUUGGGGUCGGGCCUCUGGUGAACCAAGAAAACAUCAAUGCUUUGGCUUCCAAGAAGGAUAAAGAACAACAUGUGUUCAAAGUCAAGGACAUGGAAAACCUGGAGGAUGUUUUCAUCCAAAUGCUUGAUGAAACCCGGACCUUGGGUCUCUGUGGCAUGGUUUGGGAGCAUAAGAAAGGUACUGAUUACCACAAGCAACCAUGGCAAGCCAAGAUCUCAGUCACUCGCCCUUCGAAGGGACAUGAAAACUGUAUGGGGGCUGUGGUAUCUGAGUACUUCGUGCUGACAGCAGCACACUGUUUCACAGUGGAGGACCAGAAACACUCGAUCAAGGUCAGCGUGGGGGGGAAGAAGCAGGAUUUGGAGAUAGAGGAAGUUCUGUUUCACCCCAAGUACAACAUCAAUGAGAAAAAAGCAGAAGGAAUCUCUGAAUUUUAUGACUAUGAUGUGGCCCUGAUCAAGCUCAGUAAGAAGUUGAAAUAUGAUCAGACUAUCAGGCCCAUCUGUCUGCCCUGCACUGAGGGAACAAAUCAAGCCUUGAGGCUUCCACGGACAACCACUUGCCAGCAACAGAUGGAAGAGCUGCUUCCGGCAAAGGAUAUCAAAGCUCUCUUUGUGUCAGAAGAGCCCAAAGAUAAUAAGAAGGUGCUGGUUCGGAAGGAGGUCUACAUCAAGAAUGGGGAAAAGAAAGCUGGCUGUGAAAGAGAUGCUCAACACGCCCCAGGCUAUGGAAAAGUCAAGGACAUCUCUGACGUGGUCACCCCUAGGUUCCUUUGCACUGGAGGGGUGAAUCCCUAUGCUGACCCCAACACUUGCAAAGGUGAUUCUGGUGGCCCCCUGAUUAUUCACAAAAGGAGUCGCUUCAUUCAAGUUGGUGUGAUCAGCUGGGGUGUAGUGGAUGUCUGCAAGGACCAGAGGCGGUUACAGCAGGUGCCUGCUUACGCCCGAGACUUUCAUAUCAAUCUUUUCCAAGUGCUGCCUUGGCUCAAGGAGAAACUGCAAGAAGAGGACCUGGGUUUUCUAUAAUGGGUUUCCUGCUGGAAAGGGGCAUGAGAUCAAAUUAAAACAGCUGCGACAAUG